GGGUAAACAUUUACAAAGUAAACGCCUCUAGCGUGUGUGUGUGUGUGAUCUCUGACUGGGUGGCAGUUUGUUUGCUGUGAAAGCUUUAACUUUGUAUUACUGUGUGUGCAUUCUGCAGCACAUCUGAAUGUUUUGACCAUCAUAGGCACAAGUAGUCAUUGGACUGUGUGGAAAUAUCAUCGGCUCGUUGUGUGUACCUGGAUAGAUUUGAGUGUGAAGUCUCUCAGGUCUCCAUGGACUUGCUGCAGGACUCCAGUCAGACCAUGUGGGGUCUGAACACACGUUUGAAGGGCUUCCUGGAGCAGGUGAACAAGCUGCAGGAGGCCAACCAGCAGCUGGAGGAUCAGAUAGCCGACUGGGGGACCAGGAAUGCGUCACGAUCCCAGGACUGGUCCCAACAGGAACAUGCAUUGAGGGAGCUCCGUGGCCAGGUUGGUAAACUACUGAUGGAGAAUGCCCAGCUGGCAUUACAGUCUGACACCAUGAAGUCCAGAGCUUCUGCCAUUCAGUCCAGGUGUGAGACAGAGGAGCGGAAUACCCAACGUCUUGAGCAACAGGUGGUUCUGCUCAGGGAGACAAAGAGGAAGGCAGACCAGAGCAGCAUGAUGCUGCAAGCAGACAUCCACCGCUCCAUGACAGAGCUGCAGGAGACGCACCGGGAGUUUGAGGCAGCCCAAGCUCUGCAGCUGCAGCGGGCCGGCUCCUGCGAUGCCCUGUUAGCAUCAUCUACGGCAAAAGGAGGGGAGGAGAAGCAUGGCACAGGGAUGGAGCUCACCCAGCUCCUCGACAGAAUCAGAGCGCAGUGCGACCAUAACAGAUUUCCCGGCCCAGACGAGAGACACCACAGCCUUGGGACCGUGGCAAAUCCACCACCAGGCUUGGUCGGGCCCAGCCACUCUGGUGCUGGAGCAGCAGCAGCAGCAGCAAACAGAAGAGCUCUUACUGAGGAGGAAGCAGCGUGGGCUCAGGUGAGCCUCGGCGGCGCCGCCCUGAGGGAGGCGCGGGCUGAGCUCGCAGAGGCCAGGAAGCAGUGGCACUCCCUGCAGGUGGAGAUUGAGACCCUGCAUGCUUUGGAGAAAGGCCUGGAGAGCUCCUUGCAUAACACUCAGCAGAUGUACUCCAGCCAGCUGCAGGACCUCUCCCAGGUUAUUGUUGGGCUGGAGAGCGAGCUGGAGCAGGUGAGGGACGGGCUCUCCACCCAGCGUCAGCGCCACAGCCAGCUCCUCAACACAAAGAUGAGGCUGGAGCGAGAAAUUGCCACUUACCGACGCCUCCUGGAGCGUGAAGAGGGCAGGUACAUGGGUCGGGACGGGCCGUCGAUGGGUCUGCGACCCUGGAGGUCCUCUGUGGUGGAGCCGAAGGAGAAUGGUCUGGAGAACAGUUUUAUUGACCCUGCUGUUACUCCGGAUGAACCCAAGUCUGAGCCUCUGCCUGAAAUACCAUCACUCCUCCCUGAAGAGACUGGGAAGAAGAGAAGCAUACUGCGCAGACAGCAAAGCCUUGUGAUACUCACAGAGCCGGAGCAAGAUAACGAUUUGCCCAUCUCCACUGUGAAGACUCAGGAGUUUCUUCAAGGCAAUGUUGUGCAGGAGAGUGCUGAGGGUCAUGGCACCAUCGAGACGGAGAAUUUUGACAAGGUGAUUAAGCAGUGGGAGGGCUCCUUCUUCAGAGGGAAUCCCAAGCUGCGCAAGAAGUCGGUGUCUCUGCGCUUCGACCUGCACAUGGCUGCAGCAGACGAGGGGUGUGCCCAGACUAAACAGGACAGCCUCCCUGACGUGGAGGUGCGUCUGGUCAUGAAGAGAUCUCGCAGCAUCCCGGCAAUCACACAGUGACUCUGUCACCAGUUGGUCAGAUCGAAAACACCGGUUUGCAGCCGUUUGUGGUGAUACAGGUGAUGCUGGAGGUGCAGCGAUAGCAUCUGUCAUUGACAUCUAGGAUAUUAACAUUACCAUCAUGCUUAAUAUGUAUUUCAAAUUAUAUAUAUAUUCAUAUUGAUGACUGAAACAGAUUUCAAAACCUUCAUCCAUCUGGCUUUUGUGCUGAUCCAAUGAGCCUAUUUUUACAGUUUCAGAAAGCCACAACAAAUGUUAUCACACAUACUUUCAUUACAUUACAGAGGAUAACAAUUAAAUAUGCAAAAAUGUCUCUGUCACCUAACUCAAAUGAAGAACAAGUGUCUCUCAACCCUGUCACUGUUUCAACUACUGCAUUUGAUCCUAAUUAACUCUCCGUACAGGAGGCUGGGUGCACCGAAAGACAUGGAGUCAGAGAUCUCUAAGGCUGGACUUUUUUAACAGGUUUUCUGUCAGGGACUGUGUGGAAAUGAUUAGGGGGGAGGGUCUUGAUUAAUUAACGUUAUCUCAUGAGAGAGAGCUCAUCAUUUGUCACUACUACACAAUCACAGCUCCCACUUCCACUUUAUAGUAUACCUUAAGAGAAGGUACAACUACAGUGAUGUUACAAUAAAAUAAUGUAAAUAUGACAUAUACAGUGACAGUUCUUGGUUAAAAAAUAUAGAUAUUUAAUGAAAUAAAAUAAUAGUAAAAUGCUGAAAAUUUGAUAAAUAAUUUUGCCACUAUUCGAAAGCAAUUUUUCAUUAUAAAGUCACCUCAGUAUGAACUAACACUAAAUCUAUUUUUGCGAGUUGGUAUUACAUGUACAGUCACUUUAUUACACUGUUGAUCCUGAUCCCAUUUUAUAAUGCUCAUUUCAUCAUUACAAAUUGUUUUCCUAUGUCUUACACAACCCUGAAAUAUACAUACAGCGGUGCACUGUCAGCAGGGUGAACAGUGUGAGCUAUUGCAAGCAUGCAGCUGAGAUCUGCAGUAGUAGGAUGUUACAGUAGUAGCAAUACUACUCCUCUACUCAACUAGCAGUUUAAACUGGAGUGCACAAAUGUAAAUUAUUUGCGCACUCUUUGUUGUUGAUGGCAAAAUAAAUCGUGUUUAUUCAAAAGUGUAACAUUACGAAAAGAAAUUGUGCGGUGGGAAUGAACAUAUGAGAAGAGAGGUCCAUGCUUUUCAAACAAGAAGAAAUACAGUGUUCACCCCCCCCCCUUUAAAUAACUAUCAUGCAAUCCCUAAAUGCUUGCACUGCAGACACUUACAGCACUUAGAAGAACAUCAGCACUGAGAGAUAUCCACAAAGUGUUCAUUUUGAGGGGUCUUUGUCAUUGCAGUCCAUUCUGUAUGUGAAUAAUAUCAAACAAAAGAUGUUGCCACAUUCUUGAUGCAUUAUGCUGCGAUCCGAGCAGCAGUCACAAUUUCAACGCUCAGCGAGUGUCUCAGAGGUUCCCUGUCUUAACCAGAGGAGGGCAGUAUUUGUAAAUAGUUAACUCUGCAGUGUAUAUUCAAAGCUCGACUCGGGUUGUGUAACAUAUGCUAUCUGUUACACCUUAGAUCUAGAAUUUUUAUUCUAAGUAUCAUGUUUGGCACCAAAGAUAUUGAAAAACAAGAACUGGACCAUUGUGUGUUGCAUUUGGGUGCCUCGGAAUAUGUUGAGAAUAUUUAAAGAUAUUAUCUAUGCAGUUCUGUGCUUAAGUUUGCUUUGCUUCUUGAAGCACACUCUUCAAUUUGAGAGCUCUGUAACUUCAAAAUGAAGCAUUAUGCCUUUAUCUUACGAUAUAUUAUUUAAAAAUAAAAACAGAAAUACGUGCA